GCUCGAUCUGACCACUAUACGUAUGUGUGUUCCGCUCAGUGCUCGAUGGAACUGCGAUGAAGGACGAUGGCGGAGAUGACAGGAGCACACAGGCCAGAGCCAGCUGGCCAAGGUGGCUGCUGGCAUUCCUGAGAAAGACGGCAGCGGCGCACUUUGCCAACUUCGUCCUCGCCGUCCUCGUCCUCAUCAAGCCCGUCUCAAAUGCACUGGGCUCCAAGGCCUUUCUCGUCAUCGCCUACCUCCAUCUCUUCUUCUACCCGUGCACCACCAUCGGCGAGCACCUCGAGACAGUCCUCCUCGGUGUCGUCGGUCUCUCGAUUGGCCUCGCUCUGUCCUUUUUAGCCGUCGCGGGCGCCAUCUGGACCGGCCGUCGCCAUGAGGAGCAGCCGAGCGUGGGCACCGUGGCCGUCUAUGACAACUCCUACUCUCGCGCAGUGGGCGCUUGCGUUCUGGUAGCCCUCGCCUUUCUCGGCGGCCUCCUGAGCAGCUCGACGCCGCGCCUCAAGGCCUCGGUGCGCAUCGCCCUCUUCGCCAGCACCUGGACCAUCACCGUACCGCCCGCGGCGACGACGGGCGUCAUCGACUUUGGCAUCUUCAGCGAUCAGUUCUAUCCUGCCCUCCUUGCCGCCGGCGUCAGCGUCCUAGCCAAUGUCGCUGUCGUUCCCAGGACCGCCCACGACGUCUUUGCCUCCGCCCUCGUCUCGACGCUCGAGAGCAUUGACGCAGUCUUGGACCGGAGCCUCGCUGACUUCUUUGCGGGCCCUCGGGCGAACCAGCGCGUGGCCUCGGAGGAACUCAUCAAGCUCCGGCGUGAGCUGCUACUCAAAGCGUCGAAGCUCACCGAGUCGUACGGUCAAGCCAUGCUCGAGGUCAGCUUUGCGAGGUUGCCCCUUGUCGAGCUCAGGCCGAUGCUCUCCAUCAUCGCGCGGACUCGGGGAUGGAUCAGCUGCGGCAUGGGACUGAGCGCCAGGGGCGAACGGCGGCCUCCAAGCUAUGCCAGUCCCGUGCCACGAGGAGAAAAGGAAGGAGAAGAAGGAGAGGGGAAAAAGAACGGAGAUUCGCAAGCACAGACCGAAGCGGCCAACCACAACGACGACGCAGAGCAUGUCCAUGCCGCUUCUGCCGACCAGUUCCAGCCCUGCCUCACCUCGCUGACGCACCAGAUUGGCGUCUCCCUGCGAGUAGUGCGCGCAUGUCUCGAGCUGACCCUCGCCAGCCAACUGCCCAAACGGAUCCAUCCUACGGACAGCAAGGCUGUCCUCUUCGUCCUCAACCCCUCCGAGUUGGGCUCCGACCCGUCGUCUGCAUUCAUCCUUGCCGGUCCAGACAUGCCGGCUCGAGCCGUGUUGGCGCAACGCAAAAGACUCGAGGCGUCCAUCGAUGCGUUCAAGAUCGAGCUCGCCAAUGCGAUGGAUACACUCAGGGCCAAAAGCAUGCGACGGCGGCCGCGACACGAGCAGCAGCCAUCACUGGCCAACGCCGAAGAAGAGUUCACAAUCGGUGCUGAUGCGGAGGCAAAGGCAGAAGCGGAGGCAGAGGCCGAGUUGGAUGUGGUCGAAGCCGAGACGUUGUUUCGAUCUGACAUUUAUGACAUUGCCUUUUUCAUGGUGGGCCUACUCGAGAUCUCCAUCGAUGCAGCAGCCAUGCUCCAGCACAGCCAGAGGAUCUUGACCCGCUGGCACGCUCAGCGGCGACGCCGUGUCUGGUGGCCGCUCCUCUCGUGGUCGCAAUGGUCUGGCAGGGCGCAACGUGGCAAGACACUUGUGCACGACGACGCCAUCUUUGACGACACCGAGACGAGAUACGGCCAUGAUCGUGCGCAUAUGCACUUUGACGAAAGCCACCCGUGGGCGUUGCAGGGCGACAUGCGAAGCGAGCAAGCCGUACAUCAGAAGGAGGGCGACCGGCCUUCAGAUCCGGCGGGCAAGGCAACUGAGAAGUGGACGAUGCAUGCUAUGGCGCAAUCAUUUGUCUCCUUCUCGCAUCGUCACCGUGUGCUGGCGAUUCGUAUUGCACUUGCUCGGGUCAUGGGGAGCAUCCGCCACAGCAGGCACAUUCGGUAUGCCACCAAGCUAGCCUUCGGCGUCGCGCUGCUUUCUUUGCCCGCAUGGCUGCCGUCUGGCCAGCAGUGGUACGAGUCCCAGCGCGGCGUCUGGCUCAUCGUCACCUACAUCUGGGUUCUCGAGACGAGCACGGGUGCGACGAUUCGCAUGAGCCUAUUUCGCACCAUCGGCACCAUCUCGGGCGCAAUUUAUGGCUUGGUGGCCUGGUACAUCAGCGGCCAGGGAAAUCGCUACGCUCUUGCCUUCUUGCUCGCAUUGGCCGAAAUUCCAGCGUCAUACUUUAUUGUGGCGACCAACAAGGCGCAACCGAUCGGCAUCGUCUUUGCCCUGACACAGAGUGUCGUGGUCCUCAUUCCCCUCGGCGGCGAGCUCGACGAACAGUCUUCGGUCGCUAAGCUGGCCCUUGUCAGAGGCUAUCAGAUCCUUCUUGGCAUCGCGGCCGCCUUUCUCGUCAACACCUUCAUUUGGCCUCUGCAUGCGCGCGUCUACCUGAUCCAGGCCAUCGCAAGGAUCACGUCCCAGUCGGCGAGUCUCUACCUCAGCCUGGCCAGGCAGAUGAUCAGAGCCGGCCGACCUAGCCCAGAGUCUACGGCACGCUUUGAGCACCUCGAAGAAGAGACACAGACCCGUCUGUCGCUCUCGAGGAGGCUGCUCGACGAGAUGCGCAGCGAAAUCUCCCUCGUGCCAAAGGCGACACCGACGCUGAGCUGCAUCCUCAAGAGCCUCCAGACGAUUGUCGAUCUCCUCGUGGCGCUCCGCCAGUGCAGAGAGACGGGUAUGCGGGCCAUCCGAACCGAGGCCGUCUUCAAUGUUCUGGAUCUCCGAAGAGAUCUCGUCUCUGCAGUCUUGCUCACGCUCUGGAUCGUGGGUCAGGCACUCCGAACGAGCGCGCCACUACCCCAGUUUCUGCCAAGCCCCCGCCUGGCCCUCGAAGACUUGACGCAAGCGAUGAAGGAGCAAGUCGAGUCCUCGUCCACGCCGCCACAGCAGCGCAGCCGAAGCAGGCCCUCCAAGUCGCCCGGUGGAAGCUGGACGCCCAACUCACGCACGGGCCACGACGCCGACCGCGCCCUGGACGUGACGAUUGCUGCAGCGACACGGCGUCUCUUGCAGCGACAACGCGACCAGCAGCAGCAGCAGCAGCAGCAGCAAGGGCGCGAGGGCAAGCGCAAGGCGGCAAUCGACAUUGACUACGCCUACUUCUUUGUCUUUGCCGAGCAUGCGCUCCUGGCAGGCAUCAUUACCGAGCUCGAGGCGCUUCUCAUCUCGACGAGACACCUCGUCGGCGAGAGCUCUUUCAUUCUCAGCGGCUAUCUGCCCCGGCUCGAGGCGGAUACCUCAGAGGCACAGGCAGCCGACUCGACGUGGCAGACCAAUGAGAUGCACGCGAGAAAUAGGAGCCUCUCGCAGAUGCAAAAGGACCUGGCUGCUGUCGCUGGUGGCCGAUGACACAUUGUAAAAUCUAAUCUCAGCACUUGUAAUACUAGAAAAACAUCGACC